GCCACUUUAGUUCAUUGUCUUCCCUGCCCAUCCCUCCACCUAGAGAAGCUCUAAGCCAAGUUCUAGUCAUGAAUGACGCAAAGGUUUAUCUAGUUGCUGUUCUGAUAAGUUUCAUACGUGUAGGCAUGCAGAUUCUCACCAAGGCUGCCUUCAAUACAGGCAUGAGCAUUACUGUUUUUGUGUUCUAUAGACAAGUAAUUGCAUCUCUUUUCUUGGCUCCUAUUGCAUUUGUUCUUGAAAGGAAAAGAGCUCCACCUCUGCCAUUUAGGGUUUGCUUCCAGAUUUUCAUGCUAGCUUGCUUGGGGCUUACGGUUUACUUCAACAUAGGAACCUUCCUCAUGACCAUUGCCGCUUCAGCAUUGUCUUUGUGGAUGGUGCUACAGGGACCUGUGUUGAAAGCGUAUCCUUCCAAGCUUCUGUUCACCACCCUACAGUGCCUCUUUAGCACCGUUCAAUCAUUCUUCGUAGCCCUGGCUUUUGAGAGGGACUUCUCUCGAUGGAAGUUAGGCUUGGACAUAAAUCUAAUCUCAGUGGCUUAUGGUAGUAUCAUUGGCAUUGGAGUUUCAUAUUACUUGCAGUCAUGGACCAUUGAGAAAAGAGGGCCAGUUUUCUUAGCCAUGUUCAUGCCAUUAACUCUAGCUAUCACAAUGAUACUCUCUUCAUUUCUCCUUGGAGAACAAGUUACUUUGGGAAGUGUUUUAGGUGGAAGCCUGAUGGUUGGAGGCCUAUACAGUGUUCUGUGGGGAAAGAGUAAAGAACAUGUGGAUAUAUAGCAACAUGCAAAUGAGAGAUAAUGGAAAGUCUUGGUUAGCAGAGAAAAAAAUAGCACCAUCACUUGAGACAACACAAGCAACAUAAGUUUUCCUACUACAAACCUAGAAAGUAAGCUUGUACUUAUAGAUUCGUGUCUGACUGAUGUGAAAUGCUGAUCAAUAUAACACCCUAAGCUGUUGCUUCCCUUUAUCCAAAAACCAAGAAAAAAAAAAAAGAAAAUGGCCAAAAAGAAA